UUAAACAGAACUAAACAGAUCUGUUGCGAUUAGGAACACAGUCGCACAUAUCAUUUUUCAUAUGUGUUUUCAUAUAAAUGUCGCUAUAUUGUUGCCCGUUUGAGUGACAGACUGUUUUUAUGUGGCCAUACGCCCACUCGUCAAUGUCAAAGUGUUCAAGCUGACCAAUCAAAUGAAAAAGGCGGGCUUUACUGUUCUCAGUCGCGCGAGGCGUCAAACUGUUUGACUGCUAGAUGAAAAUAUCUUCAUUAAGACCUUAUCCAUUAAAGCUCACCUUACAGGACAAGAUACUGAGAGAAAGUAGAAGAGAGAGAAUAAAAGAGAGAAGAAAGAGAUGGAGAUGGGAAAGGAGGCACAGAACCUUCUCAGCCAGCAGGUCUUGCUUGUUUAGGAACAGAAUGACAGAUAUGGUUCGAAGCCACCUGGAGAAUAAGUUCUGGGAGGUGAUCAGUGAUGAACAUGGCAUUAACAGAGUGGGAGCAUAUGAAGGUGACACGGACGUUCAGCUGGAGAGGGUCAAUGUUUACUUCAAUGAAGCACAUGGUGGGAAAUAUGUUCCAAGGGCUUUGCUCGUGGACCUGGAGCCAGGCACAAUGGACAGUGUGAGGGGCAGUCACAUAGGACAGCUCUUCAGACCAGACAAUUUUAUACAUGGGAAUUCUGGAGCUGGCAAUAACUGGGCCAAAGGGCACUAUACGGAGGGUGCGGAACUCGUGGAGCAGGUUAUCGAUCGUGUCCGCAAUGAAGCCGAGAGCUGCGACUGCAUGCAGGGUUUUCAGUUUGUGCACUCCCUGGGCGGUGGCACCGGUUCCGGAAUGGGUACCCUCAUCAUCAAUAAGAUCCGAGAAGAAUAUCCCGACCGCAUCAUGAAUAGUUUUAGCAUUAUGCCCUCACCGAAAGUGUCUGAUACAGUGGUGGAACCCUACAACGCAACACUGUCUAUUCACCAACUAAUUGAGAAUUCAGAUGAGACAUUUUGCAUUGAUAAUGAAGCGCUCUACGACAUCUGCUUCCGUACUCUGAAACUCACCACACCGACCUAUGGAGAUCUCAACCACCUUGUAUCCCUAACAAUGAGCGGGGUCACCACCUCCCUCCGCUUUCCGGGUCAACUAAACGCUGACCUUCGGAAGCUGGCAGUCAACAUGGUGCCCUUCCCGCGUCUCCAUUUCUUCAUGACCGGGUUUGCGCCACUCACGGCACGUGGAAAUCAACAGUACCGCGCCCUCACGGUGCCAGAGCUCACCCAGCAGAUGUUCGACACCCGGAACAUGAUGACAGCAUGCGACCCACGUCGAGGACGGUAUCUGACCGUGGCGGGCAUUUUCCGCGGCCUCAUGUCCACCAAAGAGGUUGAUGAGCAGAUGCUUUCCAUACAGCAGAAGAACAGCAACUACUUUGUAGAUUGGAUCCCUCACAACGUCAAAGUGGCCGUCUGCAACAUUCCGCCAUGUGGCCUCAAAAUGGCGUCUACUUUUAUAGGAAACAACACCGCCAUCCAGGAGAUUUUUAAACGCAUAGGGGAGCAGUUUUCUUUGAUGUUUAGACGUAAGGCCUUCUUGCACUGGUACACGGGAGAGGGCAUGGAUGAGCUGGAGUUCACAGAGGCUGAGAGCAACAUGAAUGAUCUGGUUUCAGAGUACCAGCAAUACCAGGAUGCAACUGCUGAUCUGGAGUGGGAAGCAGAAGAUGAAGUUACAGAAGAGGAAGGCCUGUCGUCAGCAGUACAGAGCACCAGAGUGGAGAUAAAGACUGAUGUGGUUACUGAAACGUCUGUCGGGGAAUGAGACACAGGCGUUUUUCAUCUGGCAAAAUUUGAAAUUUGCCAGGGGAACAAAUGUUAUACACACAUAUACAAAAAUGAUGUGUGAGAGAUUUAAUAUUCGAACAUAUUAUAUUGUAAAAGUUUAAAAUAUAUACAUUGUUAACACAAUUUAUGAUUUAUAUUCUAUACUUCAUUUAUAACUGUUUUAUAUUGCUCUGCGAUGAUACAAAACUAGAUGAGGACAUUUCCCUUGUGCUUGGCUUAAAAAGACAUCUCCCAUUACUUAUUGUCAAAAUGUUCAGUAUAAUCAUCGUUUUUUGCAGAUCAUUUUUAUAAACUUACAUUAUAAGAUAUUAUGCCAAUAUUAUGAAACUUUUAGAUUUGACUAUUUAAAUCAGUGACUAGGAAAAUACUAUUCCAGGACUUAAUAUUUCUUAUUUCUAUUUACAGUCAUCUUCAGUAUAUAUAGUGCAGAAAACAUAAAAAAUAUGCUUAGAUUCUUAAAAUGUAAUUUUUACCUCUAAAUCCGUUCUCUGUGCUUAUGUUGAUAAAAUCUUUCGUGUUUGAAUUAAAUAUUAAUUGCAAGAUUUGUGAAGAGUAAACCGUAAUCUGGAUCCUGUGAUUUGAAAAAUUAUAUCAGUCUUGCAAUAUUGAAGUGUUAAAGUACUGUGUUGGCUACUCUAUGUUAUACUAAUAUUGUUUAUGCCUUUUCUAAAAUUGUUCAAGCUAGAUGAAAUACAUGCGCUUAAUUUUUAUUUUCAGUUUAAAAUGUCAAUAUUGGUUUUACACUGUAUAUAAGACAAUAAAAUUGAAUGACUACA